UGGCUAAAAACAGCAUUUGCCCGUUAUCUUUUAACUAACAGAACCAACUUUAUCCAAUUAUUAUAGCAGAAGAAUGCACUCUCUGCAAACUCUUUCCUCUUUCUUCUUCACAUUUUCAUCGCCUAAAACCCUCGCAAAACCCCAUCUUCGCGUCCAAUUGUUUCCCACCCCCCUUGCCGCCAAACCCACCCUCACCUCCGCUAGCUGCUACAAGUCCGAUGAAUUCCCGGUCGGCGAAGACGACGAAGCCUUUCUCCAGUCCUUCAGGCCAAAAGAGAAAGAAUCCGAAGAGGAAGCUCGACGCCGUAACUGGGUCGAGCGAGGCUGGGCUCCCUGGGAGGAAAUCCUCACUCCGGAAGCUGAUUUUGCUCGGAAAUCCCUGAAUGAGGGAGAGGAGGUCCCGCUUCAGUCGCCGGAGGCCAUCGAAGCCUUCAAAAUGCUCAAUCCUAAUUACCGGAAGAAGAAAAUUGAGGAGAUGGGGUUAACGGAAGACGAGUACCUCGCUAAGCAGUUCGAGAUAAAGGGAGAAAUCCCCGAGCCUCUGACAACGUCGUGGGCCGGGCCGCUGGUGGUCCGCCACGUGCCGCCCCGGGAUUGGCCUCCCAGGGGAUGGGAGGUGGAUCGGAAGGAGCUGGAGUUCAUUAGGGAGGCGCACAAGAUGAUGGCAGAACGGGUUGACUAUAGUAAAGUGGAGGAGAUGGUUCUCACGGAAACUGAUGACAUGAACUUGGAGAGGUAUAGUGUGUUCUUGAAACAGUACAAAGAAUGGGUAGCCGCUAACAAGGAUAGAUUGGAAAAGGAGUCAUAUAAGUAUGACCAAGACUACUAUCCUGGUAGAAGGAAAAGAGGAAAGGAUUAUGAGGAGGGAAUGUAUGAACUUCCCUUUUUUUACCCAGGACAAAUUUGUGCAGGUAAAGUGACUGCUGUACACCUUUAUCAAGGGGCAUUUGUAGAUAUUGGGGGUGUCCAUGAUGGGUGGGUUCCUAUAAAGAGAAAUGACUGGUUCUGGAUCCGACAUCACAUAAAAGUUGGUAUGCCUGUCAUUGUUGAAAUUCUGGCAAAAAGAGAUCCUUAUCGGUUUAGGUUCCCAAUUGAGAUGCGCUUUGUUGAUCCAAAUAUAGAUCAUCUAAUCUUCAAUAGAUUUGAUUCUCCGCCAAUAUUUCAUCGUGAUGAAGAUACAAAUCCAGAUGAAUUACGUCGUGAUUGUGGAAGACCUCCUAUUCCUAGGAAAGACCCUGGAGUUAAAGUGGAAGAAGAACCAUUGUUAUCAAAUCACCCUUAUGUUCAGAAGUUAUGGCAGAUCCAUAAUGCUGAACAAUUGAUUUUGGAUGACAUGGAGUCUAAUCCUGAUAAAUACGAGGGCAAAAAGCUGACUGAGUUAACUGAUAGUGAAGAAUAUAACAAAGAAAACAGUGUUGAGUACACCAAAACUUAUUAUCAGAAUUCUCUACUUCCAAAAAUGAUUGUGAAAGUAAGUGUUAAGGAUCUUGACUUAGAAGCUGCCCUUAUUGAGCGCCAGCAUCAUAUUAAGAUGAGUAACGAAGCAAAAGAACGGGGAGAACAAUACAAAAUUACCAAGUUGAGACGUAAUGUUGAAAUGGAUGAAUAUGACUUUAUCCAUUGGCGUCGGUCAUUGGAGGAAAGAGAGGCUCUUCUCAGAGAUAUUAGCUGCCGUAAAGCACUUGGGCUUCCACUAGAUGAACCUGGCAGGUAUAUUGAUCCUAGCAUUUUAGGGAAGGAUGAAUAUGAUCCUGAAAGCCCACUAUAUCGUUAUGACUAUUGGGGAGAACCAAAGAAUUCAGAGAGGAGCAAGCAGGUGCGGGCAACAGAUGCGUACAAUAAAUCCAUAGUUGGAAAUGGUACUGUUUGGUAUGAAAUGUCUUAUGAGGAAGCCAUCAAGCAGCAGAUCCAGAGGGAAGCCCAAGGUCUUGGGCAGAAGAUGGAAGAUGAAGCCAAUGAAGAGACAUAUGAGGACGACAGUGAUGACGACGACUUUGAUUACAGCAUACUAGGAGGCCCGAGUGACGAUUUUUCCACCCAACCUCAUGUCAAUGGUACUGAAUCUUCUAGGUUGUCAGAUGAAGGAAUGUUUGAGGAUUAGGUGUAAAUCUGUAAUGGUAUGUGACGAAGUGAAGAAGAUAUAUGAUUAGUGAGAACCCCAGUGGGUGGCUGUAGCAUUGAGUGUAGUAUGUAUUAGCGUCUUCAUUCACUGAAAAUUUUGGCAUUCCUUUACAACUUUCCAUUGAUUGGUUUUUGUGUUCCCUACACCUGCCUGGAAUGAAAUUAUUUUUACAUC